UUUAUUGCACUUGCGUCGGCUUGGCUUUGAGAGGAAUUCAAUAUCAUUACAGGUUAAUCUCUUUGAUAGACUGCAAUGGUGACGAUAAAGGGGGAAAAAAAGGUCAGAGUGAUGUGGUCCUUUAUCUUAUUUUAACGUCAUAAUCUUACCUUUCAUGCACCACAUGUAUUACAUAUUUGACUCUCUGGUUUAAUAAGGAUUUGUCUCCUUUCCCGUUUCAUCAAACACCACCUACAAAGGUGAGGUGGGAAGAAGGAGAGAGAGAGAAAAGAGGGGAGAGUGUAAAAGAGAGAGUACAGAGGCUCCUCCUUGUUCGCUGCGUGUGUUUUCUUGUGUGUUUUUUCCGCCUGGUCUUCACACACACUCCCGCUCAGCAGAGAUUCAGAGGUGGAGAGCAAAUAUUCUCACUGGGAAAAAAAGGGGGGAAGGGAAACAGAUUCGCUUCCUCUUCUGUCAAAAAGAAGGAACAGAAACAAGGAAAAAAGGGUUGAAAGAGAGUGUGAUUAUAAAAGCAGAAGGGUUACUUUAAUCAGCCCUGCCUUCUGCACGUGCUCAGUGAGGGAAAGCUGUGUUCCCAGAUGGAGAGGAUGCAAGGAGAGGGAGAGGUGGACCACCUGGAGCGACCAAGCCCACUGACAGACAAGGAGAGGGUGAUGAUCCAGGACUCAUGGGCAAAAGUCUACGAGAACUGUGAUGAUGCUGGAGUGGCAAUACUUGUCAGGUAACCUUUCCCUUUUUUUACACUUUCUCUCUCCUGUUUGUGUUUGUGUAGUAAGCAUAGAGUGAGGAAAAUAUUAAUAUUUUGUGGACAAAAGUUGUGAUGACAAUUUGAGUUUGCUCUUCAGUCCUCAAAUGAUUAGAAGCUAAAUAUCACACCAAACUGUAUUUCAUAUUAUUUGUCACCUUUUAUUACGCCCCCAGUGGAAAAAACAGCACAUCUUGCCUCCUCACUAAUGCUACAUAUGUACAAGUACAACAACACUUUAAAGUAUCACUUACUGUGUAACUUUGCUGUAAAGGCUGUUUUAGACAAAGUCAUGUUGAUCGCCUCGUCUGACAGUGUCCAUGUAGUAAUGGUUACACAGAUUCAAAAAUACAAAGCAGUUAGUCCUCCAGCCGGGGGUCUUGUUUGAUUUUGUAGAUCUACUAAAAACAUCACUGUUUAAAGCUACUCUUUUGGUUUAUGUUGGUUUUGGCACCCCCUCUAGACAAAGUGGUGCUCUUUUUUUCUUGAACAUGAGAAGGACAUGUUUUUUUAAAAGCCUAAUGUAUUAUACAUAAAGACUUUUGAUCUAUAAGUCUGUUUUUGUGCGGUCCGAUAAAUCAUUUUGUCUAACACCUACCCUGCGUCACUGAAUUCAGACAUUAAUACUCACAAUAUAGAAACUAGCAGUCUUGGCACAAACGGUUAUUUGGAGACAUCAGUACCAAUCUCAGCCUGUUUUGUAACCGAAUAAAAAAACCUCACAGGAGCUUUAAUAUCAGCCAUGGCUUGUCCCUGUCCAAAUACAAAAUAAAAAAAGUACUUUUUGAACAAAAAGCAAAAUCAAUUCUGGUAGUGUCUGCUGAAUCAAACUGAAGACCAAAAUGCUCAUAAUUUUAUUACUAGGCAAGUGUGAAUAGGGUUAGUUAAUGAUGUGCACUAACAGCAGCCAUUAACCCUUGAAUGCUCAAAGGCGUGAAGAAGUAUGUGACCUGACAAGAAGAAGCACUUUGAGUGGUUAGAGGAUUAGCAAAGUGCAAUAAGUACAGCUCAUUUACUAUUAACUUGUAUUGUCUCUCUAAAGCUCCUUUCACGUUAAACCCUGAUAUUUCCUCAAUAAUUAAAGGACAUUCAAGCCCUGAUAAUUUAGGGACUUGCUAUGUACACAGGCACCCUAUAGCAAGAAGCUUUUUUGUCAGGCUUUCAAUAUUUAAUAUAUGCCAAAGUUACCGAUUACUUGUUACGUCAGGUGAUUAUGUAUUACGAUUCUUGGAUACAUGGAUUUUAUAUAUUUGGUAUUUGGUUCAAGUUAGAAGGUUGGGUUGGACUUGCAGAAGGAGGUAUUAUAAACUUCAUAUAUAAAUACCGUUACAAACUCAACAGAAGACAACAAAAAACUAUUGACUGAGUGAGUAAGAGUAGAAAGCAUUAUCAUUCUUCAAUACACUCAAAGGGGAUGGGUAGAGCAUUCAGGAGGUAUGAGAUGUAUACAUGAAGACCUUUCAUAUUACAAAUCCAAUGUAGAUAGCACAGUAGUAGAGAGUAAAAUCAUUCUUCAGGAUACUCUCUUUGGUUCGAUUGAGGAGAGGUUGGGUAGGGCAUGUGGGAGAUCCAGUUGUCACUUGCAUAUAUAAAGACUUUUCCAUAAUAGAAGCACAACAGUACCAAACAAAUACGAAUGACAAAGUAGUUAAAGGAUUAAGCAUAAUCAUUCUUCAGGAUACUCCCUUUGGUUCAGUUGAGGAGAGGUUGGGUAGGGAAUAUGGGAGUUCCAGUUGUAACUUGCAUAAAUAAAGACCUUUCUAAAGUAGAAGCUCAACAGUAAAAAAAAAAAUACUAAUGACAGAUUAAGUAGGGGUUAUCCUUGAUACACUAUAUUUAGUUCAGUCGAAAAGAGUUACAGUAGGGCUUGUCAGAGGUACUAUUAUCACCAUUAUGGCAUAUUAUCAUUCUUUAAUAUACUCACAUUUGGUUUAAGCUUUGGGUGAGGUAGGCUAUACAAAACAUACUAAAAUCACCUGCACGUAUAAAAAAAAAGACCUUUUCAUGAUAAAAACACAACAGUAGAAAACAAAAUACUAAUGACUGUAAUAGUAUAAAGCAUUAUCAGCCUUCAGUACAGUUGGUUCAAGUGAGGACAAGUUUGGUAGGGCAUGCUGGAGGUACUGUUCUCUGUAUGUAAAGACUUCUCCAUGACACAAACACAACAGAAGUACCAAGUCAGUAUUAGUUAUUGAAUAUGCAAGACUAUGAAGGGUUAAAAUCUUUGCUAUAUCUCAAGCAGGGGUAGGGCAUGCAGGUGAAAAAGGAGUCUUUCAUAUCAUGUUGACUAUUCUGUGUGUAUAAUGGGACAUUUCUGCGAUACAAACUAGAAAAUGCUGACACCAGUAAAGAGAAUCGAGCCGCAGAACUGCUUGCUAUGAACAAUGUCAACACUCUGCCGACUUACAGGGUAUUUCCUGACUGCCUUACCCUCUGUGUUCACACAUCUCUUCACCGUGACUUUUGGCAGGAAUUUUACUCAGGCACUUUUGGAAAAUGCUGGAUAAAGUUGGAGUGAGGAUUUAGUCUGUUUUUGCUCAGAUGAGCAGCCCACCUGCACAUUGUUGGGAAAUUUUGAGGAGUUUGCACAUACUUGUAAGGCGCUGAGCUUUACUCAUUCUCAAUGUCUUAAAAGUGAUGUAAUAUUAAGUGAUACUCUCACCUCUCUAAUCUUUCCUUUAUCCAGUGUAUGUAGUAACAACAUUAUCAUCCAUCUGCUUGACAUCUUUGGCAUCCAGAGGGCUUCCUCCUCCAGUCGAGGUCAUGUUUUGAACACAAGGUUGCCUACAGCAGCACUUCUCUGUCACUUCUUAUCUCUGAAAUCAAAGGAUGAGAGUUUUUUUUUUUUCCAAAAAGCAUCCAAAACAUUUGCCCUGUGUUUUCUGCUGUCAAAUCAACCAUCACCGGCUGCAAUCACUAAAAAAGAAAGCAUUGCUUUAAAACAGCACACUUCAGAGAGUCGGACGACAUUCUUCUGAAGGCUGUUACACUCGUUCUUUCACAGUCAGCGAGAUUCACCACAUGACACUGCAUGCCUGUAUAAUCCUUCAUGACUGCGGGAGGUGAAAGUUGAGAGGGAGUGUAGCAGAAAAGUGCAGCGGGGGAUACACUUGCACAGCAAAAACAACUAUAAGUGUGUAUAGUAUCACAGAUGGUCGACCAUUAAGUGCAGCACUAAAUCUUACUCCUCUUUUUUAUGAUAAACAUCCCCUCUUAUUUCCUUCCUCCACAUUCCUGCACAAAGACCCCGUAACCUUGAGGAAUUUGAGGAAUGGGGAUGGAUCGAUAAGCAGAACCAUUGUAAAUUCUGUUUUCAUGCGUUCAGGUUCUUCAAACUCACCGUCUUUUGGGAUGGAGCAGAGACAUUUGCAAAAUUAUGGCUCUAAAAUGAGAAACUUUCCCUCGAUUCUGCCCCUCAGUUAGUCCUGUAGAAUAGAUAAGAAGGGAUUAAGAAUCCAAUGACCAUAUCAGAAACUAAUGAGGCUAUUUAUAUGCAACCACAGGUCAUGCAAUUACCACCGAAAGAUUAAACGCCACAGUUCCUCAUUAGUUUGCAACGAAAAGGCAUACUUUGCUCCACUCUGAGCUGAGAGAUUAAGACCCCUCCUUGUCAUCUAUCAUAUCUCCUUUCCAAAUGUUUGGACUCACAAGUGAAACCUCCAAAUCCGGCCAUAUGUUCGAGAGCCAACAGAGAUAUGUUUGCUUCCUUUUUGUGUUCGCUGUUGCUGAAACAGGCGGGAGAUGAGACAUCGGGAUUAGAUAGGCAGCAACCAGAUGCACUGGCCUCCUUCCCAGACUGUGGGGAGGGGGGAGUUUUUUUUUCUGAUUUGGUUCCUCUUUGCUAAUUCUCUAUGACACCUCUGAGGGUCAAACGGGGACAUUCGUUCACACAUCCUGAGUCUGAAAAGAAAACGUGGAACCAGAACAAAAAAGUCAUUUUAGCUGCACUACACAUCAUACAACAAUAAAAAAAUCCCCAGGUGUGCUCAUAGUUACCCAAGUAGGCAUGGACCUUCCUCUUUCUUCACUUUGCUUCCUGUAAUUUACCCCUUUUGUUGGAUAUUCUUAAGAGACGUGCAGGAUCAUGUUCUUUUCUUUUCUUUGUUGUAGCAGAAAAGAAACCACAGCAGAGCCAAAAGUUCACGACCACAUGCAGAAAAAACAAGCAUCAAAUGAUUCAAUUGUCUGUAUCCUCCUCUCUUUAGUCCAGUGGUUCUCAAUCCAGUCCUCGAUGUUUCCCUGCUCCAACACACCUGAUUCAAAUGAUCAGCUCGUUAUUAAGCCAUUACAGAGCUUGAUAACGAGCUGAUCAUUUGAAUCAGGUGUGUUGCUUUAGUCCCUUUUACACAGAAAGGUCAAUAUAGGUGCAAUAUAGGAGUUAAAUAUACAGUAGAUCCCUAACCUAAUGUGGUUGGGGAUUGAUUUUCACUGUCAUGUAGACUCUUCUAUCAAUCUGCCCAUGUUCAAGAGUUCACCUGUUUGACUUUAGCCGGGAAUUUGAAUAGCAUAAAAGCUGGGGAGUAAAAGGAAGUUAGGGCGUAAAAGAGAUGAAACUGUCAUAUCAUAUGAACAAAGGUACAGAGCUGUAAAAGUAAUAAUAUUUCCAGAAAGAUUUGUCAAUAGCUUUGGUUCAUAAUAGGUCAACCAGGAGAUGUCUCAGAAGUAACAAGCUGAGAAGCAGCAUGUCCCGUAGUUGUUGUGGACGUGACUGUUAAUGCUUUGAUUCUUGCCUUUGUAAACGGACACUUUGGACAGUAAUCCAGUUCAACUGCUUUAUAAAGCUAUAACCGUUGCUCGGUUUAAUUGUGCAGGUCAACUGACUGACUAUCAAUGCCAAUUGGGCGGAACAGAGAAGGGCUGUGUCUGUGUUUGUGAAACUCAUGUAGUUGGCAAACUUAAUUUGGUCACUGAUGUUAGUCAAAGCUUUGUUUGGUUACUGAUACUCUGGCUUUUUAGGUCAGUAAAAUUACACAUAAUGAUAUCAAAGUUUGAUCAGUAAUUAGAGCUCUGUUCAAACACUGAUACUGGAGCUGACAUCUUUGUUUGUGAAGGGAUAUGUCGGCAGCUCGGUUUGUAAUGAAUAGGAAGGGGAAUUUCCCUUUGUGUGACUAAUAAGGGAGUAUCUUAUAUUAAUAUUUACAGCUUUGUUGGUAGUAAUUUUACAGUUUUUUUCCUUGAUCACUGAUAUUACAGUUUUGUUUGGUUACCACUGUCACAUCUGUGUUUUAUUACUAAUAAAACAGCUUUGUUUUUAAAAGCCAGAAUUCUGAUUGAAAAUUCUCACUUUACUCUCAGAAUUUUGUAGCUCGACAUGUAGCCUGACCCAUUAGCCAGAUCAUUUUAAAUUUUGCCAGCUUAUGAAUCCAAAACUGCUGCCAUUUCAUACAUUUUCCCUUUGUGUCAGAUAAACCUGACCAAUCAAAAUAUCUCAUUUAAAGCUCCAGUGAGGAACUUUCAGUUUGUGUUAUUUUUUUGCCCCCCUGUGGUCAAACCAGUCUCUGCUUAUCCUGACUGCUACAUGCUUGAAUAGUGAUCUAUGACAACAAAUUUCCCCCUGCUCAUUCUUGACAGACAAAUGUACAAAUCAUUGUGAGUAUUUCAGGUGAAAACUGUCAAAACAGGGCUUUGUGUUUUGACUUUUUUUAGGUUUCAAACAAUAGAAAUAAGGAUAUAAAAUUCUUAAAUUUUGUGGCUGUUGGUCCUGUUUGUUUUUGGAUUUCAUUUCAUUCCUAUUUCAUAAAAGAAAAAAAAGAAAAAAAAGAAAAAAGCACCUCACAGGAGCAUUAAGUUUCCAUUUAGAUGAGGAGUUGCAUUGGAAAAAUUCUAUUUGAGACCUGCCCUAAAUAGUAUCCUUUUUUGUCUUGAUUUGGUGCUUUAUGAAACUGAGGAAAUAAUCAACUGAAAAAUUAACUGAAUGACAAAAAGGCCAAGUUUAAACAGAUCAGACAGAGAAAUUGAAGCAAAGAUAAAUGAAUGGAAAAAAAUAAAGUGCUCAUUUUUUUAAAACUUGCUUUAAGAUUUGCAAGAAAUCCCAAAUCAUCUGUUUACCAAAACUGUGAAGAGUAUUAUGUCUUCCACACCUGCUUGCAUCUGCACUGACCAACAUACAAACACUGAGACUGCGCUGAAUAAACUGAAAUAUGCUCUCAAAGCUAGAGCAUAAACAGUUAUCUCCUCUCCCAGACACCACCAGGGCAGGAUCAACCCUCAGGAGAAACAUCUGGUGUGGACCUUUCAUCUGAUGCUGCUAGUAGAGCUGUGAUGAUAAAUUACAAUUUUAUUGUCGAGAGCAGCAAUAAAAUCUUUGCAAAAGACAGCUUAAAUGGCCAUGACUUGAAGACAAACAGAGAAAUUUUGGUUGGGCUUGAUCCGGUUGUGCAAAACAACAACAUUUCUGGUAUUUAGAAUGACUUCCAGAUUCGAGAAAAGACUAAAUUGAGUAAUGCUGUGGUGUGCAGCACAUCAGGAAGACAUAUCUGUUGUGGUUUGGUCAUUUCUACAGCACGGUUUUGCACAUUUAGGCUUUUUCUUAGAUUGUGCAUGCAAAGUUAAUAACCUUUCAUUUUGCUCCUGCACUUUCUUGAAGGCUCUUACAAGUUUGUGUGGAUGUUAACAGAGGCUAAUGAGGAUGAAAUCCCUCCUGACCUCCCUAUCACAUUAUAACAAACAUGUAGGCAUGAUGAAUUAAAGGCUAGUGUGGUUUAUAACUGCAGUUAUUCACCUAUUUGUGUCAUAAUUUCUCUGCAGCUGGAUAUUUUCUGUCAAUGACUCGACUACAUACCGCUCAGUACCAAGAUAACGUUAAAAGCAAACAUCUAAAGGGGAAAUAUGCAACACACUCAUGUCAGUGCUUGUAUUUACUCACGGUAUCUUGCCAGCAAGAAAAAAAAAAAAAAGAUGAAUGUGGGUUUUUUGCAGGAUGGUGCUGUUACAGGCUGAAAGGUGGUGAGAUUAGUGGAGCUACGCAGCAGCUGCUCAUACUCAUAUCUCCCCCUCUCCUCCCUUUCAGGCUGUUUGUGAACUUCCCCUCAUCCAAGCAGUUCUUCAGCCAGUUCAAGCACAUCGAGGAGCCAGAGGAGCUGGAGCGCAGCGCCCAGCUCAGGAAGCAUGCUCACAGAGUCAUGAAUGCCAUCAAUACACUGGUGGAGAACCUGGACAACUCAGACAAGUUGGCCUCAGUGCUGAAGCUGGUGGGAAAGGCUCAUGCGCUUCGACACAAGGUGGAGCCUGUGUACUUUAAGGUAAAAACAAGAAUUCACUGUAACUUUGCAACAUUUUCUACUACACUCUGCUAACUAGCAGCUGCCCACCAGCUGCUGUUAUUAGCUUUAAUCACGCAGCAAAUAUUCAAAGUACAUUAAGCUGACAAACAAACUCCCGGUGUAAGACCACUUCUCCUGGACAGUCUUCUUUUUUAUACACAUUAAUUUUGCUAGUUAGCAGCUGCCCACCAGCUGCUGCUAUAAAGCCAUAAACACACAACUCACAGUAUCAGAGCACCUCUCCUGCACAGCUAUCAUCUUUUUAUGGACCAAUAGAUAGAAUGACAAACACAAGACUAUUAACUUAUAAAAUCAGGGGUUGUCUGAAUACAGUAAAAAAAAAAAAAAAUUAAAUUAAAAAAGCCAUUUUCUUCACCCAAUGUUAUAUUUUUGUAAUUUAUGCCCAUAUUUAAAAAUGUUGGUUGGAGGAUGUCAUCUCCACUGCCAAACCCUCUGUUAUCUUCAGCCACAACACUAAGCUAAGCUAGCGUGACCAUAUUCUGAAUCCCCAAAAAGAAGACAGGACUAAGUGGGGGAGGAAACACAGAGUCACACAAAGUUAAUUUUGAGAGUUUUUCUGGGUCAAGUCAAGUGUCUAUUACGCGCCUCUAACUCCCUAAGUCUCCAUGACACAAACGCAAAACUUCCAUACAAAACCCUGGACAUUUGAGGGAUUUUAUAAACUUCCCCAGACAAAGCUGGACAAGGACAGACAGCCCGGACAGCCCCUAAUAAAGAGGACAUGUUGCGGUAAAAGACGACGUAUGGUCACCCUAGCUAAGUUUGCUUACUAUCUGCAACCUUUAAUUUCAACUUAAUAAGGCUACUCUAACUGAUCUGCUAUGCUGUUCUUUAAAGGGCCAUUAAGUUUUCUGUUGCAUUCCACUGUGUCUCCCGCAGUUUCUCAGUGGCGUGAUACUGGAAGUCCUAGGAGAAGAGUUUUCAGAAGUUGUGACCCCAGAAGUGGCCGCUGCGUGGACCAAACUCUUGGCUACAGUCUACUGCAGCAUCACAGCCGUGUAUGAGGAAGUGGGCUGGGCUAAGAUUAAGUCUUCAGAUGAAUGACGCUUUUUUUCUGGCUUUAAUGGACCGUGACCAGAGACUUCUCAUUUUUUAGGGCCAGAGCUUCAUGAGGGAUGAAUGGACUUUAACGACUUUAAAAUGGAAGCAACGUAUUUUUACAGAGGUUAUCUGAAUAUGUAAGGUAUACACUCAAUGUAAUCUAAGAUAAUCAUGGGUGGUGGAACAUAAAUAAGAACAGGUACUUUGCCUUUUUAAUGGCUUAUUGUGUAAAUUAAAGCUCAACUUGUAUUUAUAUAUUCUUGUAAAGGACCAAACCAUUUUAAGGAUAAAGUCUAGAGGUCGUUAAUGCAAUCAUAAACCCUAUAGAGUUCAAGAGGUCACAUUUGACUUGGAUGUGCCUUUUACUGAAUGUGUAAAGCUGGAAACUGCCAUGUAGAUACCAUUCUUCAUGAAUAAUAUUUGAUGUUUAUUUUUUUUUCCCUUAAUCGGUCCUCUUGUCUAUUGUUCAUGAGACAUUUAUACAUUUUAGCAGCUAAUCCAGAUGAUUUUACAUUUAUGUCACCAUAACCAAACUUUGUAUCUGUCUUCAACUACAUUUUUAAAUAAAAUUCAAAGAAAA